GUUGUAUUCGUUUGUGAAAUUAGUUCUUUUAGAUAAUUUUGUUUUUACUUAAUUCUAUUUCUCUCUAAUUAUUUAAAGUUGUCCCAUAUGAAUUGUUUUGAAUAUGUUUUAUCCUGUGGAAUCUCUGAGACGAGGAGGUAGAUUUUAUUUAUGUUGGGUCGCCGAUUCUUGGCCACUUCGUUUUGCCGCUAUCAGACAACGCCAGCUCUGGUCUCAAGAUAUUAGAGAAAUAUGUCAAGAUUUACUAGAAGUCAUAGUACAGGAGUCUGGCCGUCCCUCGAACAGAUUUUCCCUUCGUUUAAGUUCCCAACUUCUGCGAGGUUUAGUCCGCCUAUAUCAAAGAAAAGUAACUGAUUUAGCAGGUGAUCUUUGUAUGAUUAAUGCACUUGCUAUGAAAUCUACUCACAAAAGAUCUCCCGAUGAGCAAGGACCUCAUGAAACGCGUCGUCAUCAAAUUCCUAGACUAGUUUUUGAGGAACAACCUGAUGAAGAAAGAGUUUUAGAACUCAUUCAGAAUAGUGGAAAUAUAGUUGCUCAUGUUGAGGAUAUCACUCUUAGAGAGCCAACUUUACCUGAAAAUAGACCCAUUGAUGACGGUUUCGGCGAGCUCCAACCGUACCAACAACUCAUGGUAGUAACGGAUCGAACACUGGAGAUGAUGUUAGCGCGCGACACGACCGCUGCGACCAGCGCGCUCGACAUACAGCUGGACGUCUCGGACAAGUCGCACGAUAAGUCGCGGCUGGUCGCACACGACGGCGCGGCUAUGGAGCCGAUAUCGGAACGCGAUUUGUCUGUGCUGGGGAAAUGUAUGACUUUGAUCAAUUCAAUGGGAGGAGAGCUGCGUACAGUCGGCGAUUUUGAUAAAGAAAUAUCUGAAAUAUCCGUAAUCCCGCCUCCUGAAUUGUCUGCUCCCCAAGAAACGCAAGCUGACGUUGGUAAAAAUAUGAAUGUCGGAGAACCGAUUACAGAACAAAUACCACAGGAGCAAAGGCCAAACUUGUCCCUGGAGGAAAUCGCUUUGGAAGAAUUGGAACGAGAACGAUUGGCGAAGAAACGCAAGCCAACAAAACUAAAAAUCGACAGAAAGAAGAAAUUGAGUACUGAUUAUAUAAGAUCGCGUAUAGCUGACAACAAUGUGGAGAUAAGUGAGGUAAUGAUAUAUGAUGUUAUCCAUGUACCGGCAAAUCAAUUGUUAGAACGUCCAACUUGUGUGGGACAUAAAGUGCGCUGUAAUCUUGGACUCACUUUGAGGAGAAUGUAUCUGAGGAACUUGGGCCAUGGGAAGAGGCAUUUAGCCCCAGAGGUGGAAAUUGAAGAACCUCUGGCUCGGCGAAUAACUAGAAAUUCGGCUUUAGAAAAAAUAAAUGAAGAGAUAGAACCCAUACAUGUUGAACCGCCAAUUUUACAGCCACCAGAAAUUAUUCCAGAUAUAAAUAUAAAAGAUGCUACAGUUGUAGAACAUAUGGAUAUAACUGACUUGCCGACGCAAAGGAUUCGCACUUUAACACAGACGGAUAUACAAACUGAAGAUAUGGUGUCUCCUCCCAAAAGAAUGCGUACAGGCCAACAGAAUGUGAAGGGGUCGUUUAAAAAGAGUAAAAAAAUUCAAAUGGAAGAAGAUUUAGAUACCAACAAAGAGAACGUACCUACAGCUGAGCGAAUAGAGUCUCUUCUACAGGAAGCCGGUUUAGCCGAUAUGCAGGACAAGCCGUACACGCAGACAAACAUACAAACGCAAGCAAACACACGGGUGACUCGUAAAGACACGAGCGAUAGUGAGACGCAGCUCGGCAGUUUAGAUAGAACUAAAGUGUCGCUUGGAGAGUCUGUACGGACUACGGACACGGGACGAUUUAUACGGGACGAAUGGGGCACGCAAGGCACAAUGACCAAAGUGUACCAAUGCAUACGACGCAACCUCCACCCGCUCUCAGUACAGCGGCUGCUGGACCACGGACCCGUGCUAUCGGGACACACGAGGGCUAUAGCCGCUAAGUGCUUCUAUUCUUUGCUUAAGCUAAAACAACACCAGUUUAUCAGCAUUUCUAAAGAUCCGGUAACUUUAGAAAUUAUAGACAUUACUUUAGGACCCAGACUGCAAAAAGCAUAAUUUUUAUUGUUUUCUAGAAUUUUGUUUAAAUACAUGUAUUUUAUAGUAUUCGCUUAUUUGUUUUGUCCUAAUAUUAUUAUUACUAAUUUGUUGAUUAUUAUUUUGGUUGUUUAAUUUUAUAUAAGUUGUUUUCAUUUGUUACAUUUGAAAAUACCUUAAGUAGAUUUUUAUAAUAUUCUUGAGA